AUGACUGUCCCAGAGGAAGUUGAUAUUAUUGUCUGUGGAGGUGGCAGUUCAGGAUGCGUGCCAGCUGGACGUCUGGCGAAUCUGGAUCACAAUCUCCAGGUCCUCUUGAUUGAGGCCGGAGAGAGUAACCUCAACAACCCAUGGGUCUACCGCCCGGGUAUCUACCCGAGGAACAUGAAGCUCGACUCGAAAACGGCCACGUUCUACUACUCUCGCCCCUCCGAAUGGCUCGAUGGGCGUCGUGCUGUUGUUCCCUGCGCCCACAUCCUCGGUGGAGGCAGCUCCAUCAACUUCAUGAUGUACACGCGCGCCUCGGCAAGUGAUUACGAUGACUUCCAGACCAAGGGUUGGACCACCAAGGAGCUCAUUCCCUUGAUGAGGAAGCACGAAACCUACCAGCGGGCCUGCAACAACCGAGACCUCCACGGUUUCGAAGGACCAAUCAAGGUCUCCUUUGGCAACUACACCUAUCCCAUCAUGCAAGACUUCCUCCGAGCUGCCGAGUCUCAGGGCUUCCCGGUCACGGACGAUCUUCAGGACCUUGUGACUGGUCAUGGUGCCGAACACUGGCUCAAGUGGAUCAACCGAGACACCGGCCGUCGUUCUGACGCUGCUCAUGCAUAUAUCCAUGCCACCCGUGCUAAGUACCAGAAUCUCCAUCUCCAGUGCAACACCAAGGUGGACCGUGUGGUGAUUGAGAACGGCACAGCGGUCGGUGUCCUGACUGUGCCUACGAAGCCAGUUGGUGGACAGAACCCGGAACGCAAGUUCUGGAAGGCCCGCAAACUCAUCAUUGUCAGCUGUGGUACUCUGAGCUCACCUCUCGUCCUGCAAAGGUCUGGUAUUGGUGACCCAGAUAAGCUUCGGAAGGCUGGUGUCAAGUGUGUUGUGGACCUUCCAGGUGUUGGCCUUAACUUCCAAGACCACUACCUACAUUUCGCCACCUACCGUGCUAAGCCAGACACUGAGUCCUUUGAUGACUUUGUCCGUGGUGUUCCAGAGGUGCAAAAAGCCGUCUUCGAGGAAUGGAACAUCAAGGGCACUGGGCCAUUGGCGACCAACGGCAUUGACGCUGGUGUUAAGUCACGACCCACGGCCGAAGAACUCGAGGAGAUGAAGAAGUGGCCGACCCCAGAAUUCGUCACCGAGGGAGGCUGGGAGAGCUACUUCAAGAACAAGCCCGACAAGCCUGUCAUGCAUUACAGCGUGAUCGCUGGAUGGUUCGGUGACCACCUCGACAUGCCUGCUGGCAAAUUCUUCACCAUGUUCCAUUUCUUGGAGUAUCCCUUCUCCCGCGGCUUCACCCACAUCGUGUCUCCAGACCCAUACGAGGCACCAGACUUCGAUGCUGGCUUCAUGAACGACAAGCGUGAUAUGGCACCCAUGGUCUGGGGCUACAUCCAAUCCCGUGAGACGGCUCGUCGGAUGCAAGCCUAUGCUGGUGAAGUCACAGCCAUGCAUCCUCACUUCAAGCACGACUCGCCCUCCCGAGCUCUGGACAUGGACCUCAUCACCCGUAACCAAUAUGCCGGACCCAACCACAUCACUGCCAACAUUCAACACGGUAGCUGGACCAUGCCUGUCGAGCUGGGCGAUGUACCAGAAGUCAGCUUCCUCAACUCGAACCAACAGCACUACCGAGCACCUCUUAAGUACAGCAAGGAAGAUGUUGCUCACAUUGAGAAGUGGGUUCAACGACACUGCGAAACCACAUGGCACAGCUUGGGAACCUGUUCUAUGGCCCCGAGAGAGGGCAACAGCAUUGUGAAGCAUGGUGUCUUGGACCCAAGACUGAAUGUCCACGGCGUCAAGAACCUCAAGGUUUCCGACUUGUCGGUCUGCCCUGACAAUGUUGGAUGCAACACCUUCUCCACCGCCCUGCUCAUUGGCGAGAAAUGUGCCGUGCUCGCUGCUGAAGACCUCGGCUACAGUGGUGCAGCUUUGGACAUGAAGAUUCCGCCAUACCACGCUCCUGGCGAGAGUGUCGGUCUUGCUCGCCUGUAG